UUCGCCAUGGAGAACUUUGGUAUCGCAACGACUCUGCUGUUACUACUUCUGCUGGUGGGGAGUGGUCGAGGUCACCUGCUGCUGCCCGGUCAGCCGGCCAUUGACCUGCGCAUCCAGGCCCAGGAGCAGCUGAUCUCGCAGAACAACGAUAGCUCCUAUGUCCAGCGAUUGAUGCGACUGGCCAAAUCGGCCGAGAUGCGCAGCUAUAUGCAGCCGAAUGCGGAGGCCUGUGACAAUUUCUACGACUACAGCUGCGGCAAUUGGCCCCAGAUCAAUCCGGCCAACGAAGCCUAUCCGCGGGAGACCAACUUUGAGCAGUUGCUGUUGAAGGCAUAUCGCCACAAGCAGCAGCGAUUGAUGGAGCAGCCAGCGGAUGAGGAAGUGGAUGAAGUGGCUGUACUGCGUCUCAAAGAGCUCUACACCAGUUGCCUUCUGUUCCGACAAACCCCCGAGGAUCUUUAUAGACGUCAAUUGCAGGAGAUAGUGGCUGAGUUUGGACACAUGCCGGUUUUGAGUCUCCCGGGUCAGGAAUGGCCAUCGGAAGAUUUCAAUUGGCAAGACACCGUGGCUCGGAUCAAGCGAAAGUACGGCUUUGAUAUUCUUCUGCUCUUCCAGUUGUCCGGGGAUCGCAUCUACGUGGGUCAACCCAAGCAAAUACUUCCGGAGGCCAAUAGACUGGCCGUGGCUGAGGUGACAGCUAAUUAUCUAGAGCACCACUUGGGUGUGGAAAAGCAGUUAGCCAAAGUAGCAGCUAAGGAGAUCACAGAUUUGGAGCAAAAGAUAGCUAGCAUUAUGCUGGAUCGAAGAGUUGGUGUGAUGGCUAAAGUGAGGACUCCAAAUGACACGUAUUACGGUGACGAUGCCAAUCUCACCAAAUAUGUGGAAAUGGUACUUGAUCGGCAAUUGGAAGACAACGAGACUUACUACGAACAUGUUGACGGUUAUCUGGGUGACUUGGUGGAUGAUGUGCUGAUCGAUACACCACCUUACAUAGUGGCCAACUACAUCUUCAAUGAGCUGCUGAAGCACUUUUACUACGAUCGAAGUGGUUCCCCCGUGGAGCAGUGCGUCAGCCGGGUGAGAGAUCUCUUUCCGGAGCUCCUCGAUCACAUGGUUUUUAAGCAGUACGGAGAUGCUGGAACCCUGAGUGAUAUAGAAACCCUGUGGCAGCACAUUCAACAGAGUUUUCGCGGUGUACUCCAAAACUCUUCAGCCGACUGGUUGGUUUUGGAAACUCGCGAACAACUAAUGGAGCAACUAAAUGGCACCAGUUUAGAGAUCAAUGGAUAUGCCGAUGUUAACUUUACAGAACUUUAUGAAGAACUCAAGCUGAAGCCAAGGGAUUACCUACACAAUCUGAGAAGCAUAUUCAACCAACAGAGAUUUAAAAUACAAGUGAAGACUCAGACAUCUGCUACCUAUGAUCCUGUGGGUGGAAGAGUCCUGCUGCCGGUGGCCCUGCUCCAACCGAACUUCCUGUGGUCCCGCUAUUAUCCCCGGGCUAUUCGCUAUGGAACUCUGGGCACUUUGCUGGCCCAGCAGUUGGCCAGGAGUCUGGAGGAUGCGUCCAAGUGGGAUGCCAAGUCGUUUGCCGAGUACUCCAAACGGAAGGCCUGCUUCAAGGAGCAGUACGGAAGGCUAAGGUUAAAUGGAGAGUAUUUACCUGAAAGCGAUCUGCAGGCGGAGAACAUAGCCGAUAAUCUGGGCAUCCAGGUGGCCUACCAUGCCUACAGAAGGUUCCUCGGCGAGCUGUCGCCCUCUUUCCUGGGCUCCGAAUCGCUGCCCCACCUGAGUCUCAGCUCCAGGCGACUGUUCUUCCUCAGCUUCAGCCAGCUGUGGUGCAAGGAUGGCAGCGAGCGGUUCCGGGAGAAGCAAUCCCUGCUCCAGUUGCGAACUCCCAAUGCCCUCCGCGUCCUGGGAGCUCUGGGCAACUUCAGAGCAUUUGGCCGAGACUUUAACUGCGGCAGUGGAAGCAGGAUGACCACUGCACAGAAGUGCCAGCUCUUCGCCGUUAACCUGGAUUAA